AUGAAAAUGGCUCCGCAGAAUGCUGACCCUGAGUCUAUGCAAGUUCAAGAGUUGCCUGUACCCGUGCCGGACCCACACAAGCCCACCAGCAAGGAGGCCGAGAAUCGCGACGAGACCACCAGCGAAGGCUCCAUCGACCGGAUCCCCGUGCGCCUGUGGGUGAUGCAUGGGGCCGUGAUGUUCGGCCGUGAAUUCUGUUACGCCAUGGAAACAGCCUUGGUCACGCCGAUCCUGCUGCAGAUUGGUCUCCCAGAGCAGUACUACAGCCUCACCUGGUUCUUGAGCCCCAUUCUCGGUCUCAUCUUCACACCGCUUAUCGGCUCGGCCAGUGACCGCUGCACCCUGAGCUGGGGCCGCCGGCGUCCAUUCAUCCUGGUCCUGUGCAUCGGCGUCCUCUUUGGUGUGGCUCUCUUCCUCAACGGCUCCGCCAUCGGUCUGGCUCUUGGCGAUGUCCCCAACCGGCAGCCCAUCGGCAUCGUCCUCACGGUGCUGGGCGUGGUGGUCCUGGACUUCAGUGCUGACGCCACAGAAGGGCCGAUCCGCGCCUACCUGUUGGACGUGGUAGACAGCGAGGAGCAGGACAUGGCCCUCAAUAUUCACGCCUUCUCUGCGGGCCUUGGGGGUGCCAUCGGCUACGUGCUGGGCGGUCUGGACUGGACACAGACCUUCCUGGGCUCCUGGUUCCGGACGCAGAACCAGGUGCUGUUCUUCUUUGCGGCCAUUGUGUUCACCAUCUCAGUGGGCCUGCACCUCUUCAGCAUCGAGGAGGAACAGUACAGCCCCCAGCAGGAUCGCUGCGUCACCGACUCUGAGGCCGAGGCCGAGGCCCUGGCCCUGGCUCGCCGCGCCGGCACCUCAGACGGCGUACUCUUCCCGGACGAGGUGCAGUCAGAGCACGAGCUGGCCUUGGACUACCUGGACGCAGACAUGGUGCGGAGCAAGAGCGACUCGGUGCUGCACAUGCCGGACGCCACGCUGGACAUGGAGUCCGAACUGCUCUUCCUGCACGACAUCGAGCCUUCCAUCUUCCACGACACCGCCGCCCCCGGCACUCCGCCCGGCACCAGCCAGGAGCUCGCCAAGGCCAGACUGCCCCGCCUGCCCACCUUCCUCAGGGACAGCACCCAGGAGGACACCGUGCUGCUGGACAACCACGCCGAUGAGGCCAAGGUCCCCAAUGGCAGCGGCUCCCCGCCGCACGAUGGGCUGAGCGCUUACACCCGCGUCGACCUGAAGCCCCCGGCCGCAUGCGGCUCCGUGCGGCGGCGACGGCACGUGUUCCGCCGACAGGCCUCCAGUACCUUCUCCUACUUUGGCAAGGUCGGCUCCCACCGCUACCGGUUCCGGCGCGCCAACGCCGUGGUGCUCAUCAAGUCCUCGCGCAGCAUGAACGACCUAUAUGAGCUGCAGAAGCGGCAGCGUGGCCGCCAGCGCAACCCGAGCGGCGUCACCACGUCCAGCGGGGACACGGAGAGCGAGGAGGGCGAGGCCGAGACCACCGUGCGCCUGCUCUGGCUGUCCAUGCUGAAGAUGCCCGCCGAGCUGACCCGGCUCUGCCUCUGUCACCUUCUCACCUGGUUCUCCGUCAUUGCUGAGGCUGUGUUUUACACCGACUUCAUGGGUCAGGUCAUCUUCGAGGGUGACCCCAAGGCCUCCUCCAACUCAACAUCCUGGCAAGCCUACAACGACGGGGUGAAGAUGGGCUGCUGGGGCCUGGUCAUCUACGCGGCUACCGGUGCCGUCUGCUCAGCUCUGCUUCAGAAGUACCUGGACAACUACGACCUGAGCAUCAGGGUCAUCUACGUGGUGGGCACGCUGGGCUUCUCCAUCGGCACCGCCAUCAUGGCCAUGUUCGCCAACGUCUAUGUGGCCAUGGUGAUGAUCAGCACCAUGGGCGUCGUCUCUAUGAGCAUCUCCUACUGCCCGUACGCCCUGCUGGGCCAGUACCACGAGAGCAAGCAGUACGUCCACCACAGUCCCGGCAACUCCAAGCGAGGCUUUGGCAUCGACUGCGCCAUCCUGUCCUGCCAGGUCUAUAUCUCCCAGAUCCUGGUGGCCUCGGCCCUCGGGGGAGUGGUAGAUGCUGUCGGCACCGUCCGAGUCAUCCCCACAGUGGCCUCCGUGGGUUCUUUCCUGGGCUUCCUAACGGCCACCUUCCUGGUCAUCUAUCCUGACGUGUCCGAGGAGGCCAAGGAGGAGCAGAAAGGCCUGUCAGGCCAGCCAGCCAGUGACAACACCGGGAAGCCCAUGGUCCUAAAGCUCUCACGGAAGGAGGGCCCCCCAGGGCCCGUGGAGACAGAGUCCAUGGUCUGA